CGAAAUGAAAAAUAUCCCCUAAUUUUUUCAUAUGAAGGCAAAUUGGUGAACAUGUUUAACUCGGAAGAUACUCAGAAUUAUGAAAAUUUAACUUUUCCAUUAAUUCAAAACUCACAAAUUGAGCAUGUUAUUGAAGGCAGUAAUAAUGAACGGAAUAUGUACGAAUCAGAGUUAGCAUAUUUGCAUAAAGUCUUAGUUAAGACCAAAGAGCUUUUUGAAGAAUCACGUACCAAGUUGAAAGGACAUUUAUGGCUGCACAAUAUUCGCCUGAAUUUUAGAUUACUGGAAAAAAUGAAUAAUGACAUUUUAUUAUUAAAUAACCGACGAACGAUGCCAAGAACAUGGCAAGACUUUAAUAAUAAUACAAGAUAUUGGGAAUGA